AUGCAGAAGACGGUGCGUCGGGUGAAGGCGCUCGUGGUGUCACGUAUCGCUGACCUCGAACGCGACCUGCGCCUCGAGUGCGCCCCUUUCCUGGUUUCCACUUCCACAUCUUCAUCUUCAUCUUCUGCUGGUAAUGCGACACGAGAAGGUGAGGCGGCCGAACCCGCGUUCGAGCUGGAGCUCGUCGCCUACGCACCUCCGCCCUCGGGCGCCGCGCCAGCCGACGAAGCCGACGAAGCGCGCAAGCUCGUGGCGCUGCUGCGCGAGAGCGAGGUCGUGGUGGCCGACCCGGCCCUGGUGGCGCCCCACCUCCACCACCUGGCCACCACCCAGGCCGGCGACCUGCGGUGGAUGCAAUCGACCUGGGCCGGCGUGGACAGCCUCUUCAGAGCGCUCGGCCACGAACAGCCGCACAAGCCAGUGCCUUCGUUCGGGUUGACGCGGCUGGGUGGAGUGUUUGGCAAGCCGAUGGCCGAGUACGUGUUCGCUUUUGUGCUGUCGCGCGAGCGCAAGCUCCCGCUGCUGCGCGACUUGCAGGAGCGCAAGGAGUGGCGCGGCGCGCACGACGGCUACGACUACCGGUCUCUCUCCUCCCUCACUCUCGGCGUCAUGGGCCUGGGCGACAUCGGACGCGAGUUGGCGAGGGUGGGCAAGGCGUUCGACAUGCGGGUGGUGGGUCUGGUCAGCAGCAAGGAGCGCUAUCACCACAUGCUCAACGCCGGCGCCGUCGACGAACUCUUCGAAACGCACGCCACCACGCCCGGAAACCACGGCCGGCGAGACAUCGACGUCUUUCUGUCGCGGUGCGACUACGUGGUGAACGCGCUGCCGUCGACGCCGCAGACCAAGGGCCUGCUCGGCCUCCGCGAGUUCUCGGCGUGCAAGCCCGGCGCCGUUUUCAUCAACAUCGGCCGAGGCGACAUUCUCAACGAAGAGGCCGACUCGAUUGCCGAUGAAGGUGACAGUGACGACGAUACCAAUGACAAGCAGGUGAUGAUGAAGAAGCAGAAGCAGGAGGGCGACGUCAUCCUGGAGGCGCUCGAGCGGGGCCACAUCGCCGGCGCGGUGCUCGACGUUUUCAAGUCCGAGCCGCUGGCGCCACCAUCGCGCCUGUGGUCGGCCCACCCGGAGGUGGUCGUGACGCCGCACGUGGCCGCCAUUUCCUUCGGUCGCGACGUGGCCCGGCUCUUCCGGCAGAACCUGGUCCGCUACGUGGCCGGGCGCGACCUCCUCUUCCCCGUCGACUGGCACAAAGGCUACUGA